GUUUUUCAGAUGUUUAUCUUUUGUCGUCCCACACGUUGAAAGCACCAUCUCUUUGCCUUAGUUCCCCAGAAGAGUUCGCUUCAUCCUGUACUGAGCCCGAGUCUGCAGCUUACACAACUCGUUGCUUCGCCCACACCGACUCCAGGCAAUCUUGAACUGAACUUCUUCAAGUGCGCUCUCGACUACCUUGACCAACAGCCCAAGGUCACACACGUUCAUCAGAAGCCACAGAGUCGCUGCUCUAGAUCAUCACCAUGACUGCCGUUGUGACUACGGCCCCAUUGGGCGUCGACCCUCUCGCCCAAAAUAUCAAAGAGAAUGCAGCCAUCAACGUUGACGAGAUCGACAUCAACAACACCGACAGGUUCCUUGUUCACUCUCCCUACACAGAUCCAGAGCACUUGCUAGACCUCGAGACCCUGGAUUAUGAAAAUGCUCUCCUCGCCAGAGCAUUGUCUCAGAUGGAGUGCGUUCGCGCGGACUACGCCACGGCCGGCUACGUUGAAUCCUUCAACUGGGAACAAGUCCUGGGUGAGCUCAGGCGCCUUGUUCAAUCCACUGGGAAAACGUUCAAGGAAACUUCCUUUUACAUUGUGGCAUUCCGAUCGACGAUCCCGCCAUCCACAAUUUAUGAAGAUCUUGGCGUUUUGGACAAGGCCGCGCACGCCGAAGCCAACCAGUUCGGAGGCUUCCUGAAGUAUUGGUUCGGAAGUCCCGACUCAGAAGGCAGAAACUUGGCAACUUGCGUCUGGCGGUCGAGACCAGAUGCCGUCAAAGCCGGCCACGGUCCUGCUCAUCGCCGGGCAAGUCGCGCGACGGCGUCCAUGUACUCGUUCUGGAAAAUUGAUCGUCACCGCCUGAUCGUUCGUGACGGCGCCGAAAGCUGGGAGAUUGUCGAUUGGGUUGACUGAGAGCACCCUCCUUCAGACUGAUGGGUAAAACAAAAGUGACU